UAUUGUCUAGCGCGUGCUUACUGGUAUCCCUUAUUUAUCGCUUUUAGUUCAGUCUAUAUGCAAAAUAAUUCAUUGAGUUUAUGUUUUGUCUUUUUUUGUUUAGGUGCAUAAAUAAUUUCCUCACAUCACUAACAACUAACUUUCAACCAGUUAAUACAUAAAACAUGCCGAAAAAGGUAGCAAAAGUUGAUAGCGUUGAUACAACUAAAGAAAUUUUGAAUAUCGAGUUAGAAGGAUUUUCGCCGGAUAUUGGUGAUCGUGAUAGCAUUAUAAUCUUGUUGAAACAUCUUUUCCCUAACGACUGUGUUAUCAAUGUUGAGGAUCUUGCCCAAUAUAUUGUGUCACAAGACUCAAUUGGUACUGUAGUUAAACCUACAUGUGAUGAUGAAAGCGAUGAUGAUAGUGACGAUGAUAACAUAGUUUUUGCAGUGACCAGCGUGAUAGAUUUAAGCCAUGAGUCAGCUGCGAAACACUCUGUAGUCAAGGAUCUUAGAAACUUCAUUCUUGAGGGAGUUAAAAGUUCGAAAGACAUUCCGACGAGGUGUAAGGUCAAAGAGCUCCUUGAUACGGAUAUGGACUGCAAAUCAUUUCUUCUUAUUAAUGAACGGUUCGAAAACCUACCACCUUCUAUUUGUGCUGAAGCUGUUUCUUCCUUACCAUCUGAAUUUAAAUCCUCUAACUUACUUCCUACUCAUCUCUUCAUAUUAUCACGAGCAUAUUCAGAAGGAGCCCAAGACAGUGAUAAAAAAUACGAGUACGCAUAUCCUGAAAUGGAAUAUAUUAUACCCCAUGCUCUACAUGUAUUGGAAUUAGAUCAUAACAGUCUCACUCGUUAUAGUGCAAAAACGAAACAAAGCAGUGAUGGCGAUGAUGAUGAAGGACUGAACCACUUUAAUACUUUGUUAUUGAUGAUUAUCCCAAUGGACAGAUUCCACGACAUGUUAACUUCCCUGGCUAGUCAUGUGUAAAUAAACUGAGCUUGCAACUGUUGUUACUAUUUUUAAUGGACAUGUAUCCGGGUUUACCUUCCAAGAUGAAAUGAGCUUUUCUUCGGUUUCAGGUCUUUUAGGAAACAAACGCGUGGGACUAUUGUGUAGCUUCAAGUGGUAAAAAUCCCGCCAAAAUGAGAUCUCGCCUCACUUUUGUUUCAUACAGGAAGUUCUUAAAACUUUCAGCAAGCGGUUUGACCUGUUGUUUUGACUUCGUACAUCCAGUCAUUUCAAAAAUAUGUAACC